AGUAGCAGGGGCCAGCGGCUCGGGAGCAGCGGGAGGCUCCUGGCUGCGGGGUCCCCGGGCGGCAGCCGCCCCGCGUGCCCGGGCCGGGGCGCAGCAUGGAGACGGUGCUGCUGGAGCAUUUCCCCGGGGGGCUGGACUCCUUCUCUUCGCCGCCCUACUUCGAGGAGGAGGAUUUCUUCACGGACCAGUCCUCCCGCGACCCCCUGGAGGCGGACGAGUUCCUGGAGCAGGACGUGGACUUCCUGAGCCACCAGCUCCAGGAGUAUUACCGGGACGGGGGGCAGGGCGAGGGGGGCUACUGCUGCGAGGCCGCCGCGGCCAACUUUUCCUCCCCCUCCUCCCCUUCCUCGCCCAGCUUCGCCUACGAGUGCUGCGGGGCGGCCGGCUCGGAACUGCUGUCUCCUGGGGGCAGGCUCAAGGCGCUGAGCGCAGCCAAGCGGCGCCGGCGGGUGCGCUCGGAGGCCGAGCUGCAGCAGCUGAGGCAGGCUGCCAACGUGCGGGAGCGCCGGCGGAUGCAGUCCAUCAACGACGCCUUCGAGGGGCUGAGGUCCCACAUCCCCACGCUGCCCUACGAGAAGCGGCUCUCCAAGGUGGACACCCUGCGCCUGGCCAUUGGCUACAUCAACUUCCUGAGCGAGCUGGUGCAGUCGGACCUGCCCCUGCGGAGCGCCAGCAGCGAGGGCCCCAGCCAGCCCAAGAAAGUCAUCAUCUGCCAUCGGGGCACAAGAUCACCUUCUCCAAGCGACCCUGAUUAUGGCUUGCCUCCUCUUGCUGGACAUUCUCUGUCAUGGACUGAUGAAAAGCAACUUAAAGAACAAAACAUUAUUAGAACCGCUAAAGUGUGGACCCCUGAAGACCCCAGAAAACUGAACAACAAAUCGUCUCUAAACAACAUAGAAAACGAACCUCCUUUUGAUUUUGUAUCAUGAAACGUGAAUAUUUUGACUGUAAAUGUAAGCACGACACCAGUGUAUAUUUGUAUGUAAAAACCUAUAUUUUAAACGUAAUUUAAAAUUCAAAAUCUAAUGGCAAUCAAUGUUUUUAUUUAUCUAUUUAUUAUCAAGUAGAGAUGAGGUAGUAUUGUCUAUUUGUAUUGUAAUUUAUAUAAUUUAUCCUGAUUUUAAAAUAUGCAAUAGUUUUAUUCCACCAGCACCUUUGGAUAAAACUGUUUGGAAAACACUUCCAGAACAUGAAAAAUAAUUUAUUACCACAUGUGGACUAUUUCUAUGUUUGUUAAUA